AUUUGGUGUUGUCUCUAAUUGCAUUAAUUAUGACUGAUCUAACACUUUCCUUCCACGGUUGAAUGAAAAGCCUUAACAGGAAACAAAGUGUCAUGAACUCUCCUGCCAUUUUUCUAGUCUAAUUUAAAUCUUUAAAGACUUUUAAAACCACACGUGUGCUACUCUUAUGUCACACCAGCUCAUAAUCCCUUACACUUAAAAAGUCUUUCAGAAAUGGCUUUAGAGAUUUAUUACGUUAUAUUUAGUACAGCGUAGUUAAUCUUGACACACAGAUUUCCUGGGCAAUGUCAAUGAAGUGUAAUUGGCUGAACCUUGCUUAGACAACCUAGGGGAUUUGAACUCUUCCCUAGAGGGAAAUAAACAUAGCAAUGCUAGCGGUUAGCCAGAUUUAAGUUCUGGUGUGUGCAGCAGCUACCAUAAUCUACAGGAGGGAUCAGGCUGUGCAUCUGACGGGACGUCAAUAUGCUGAUUGUGCGAUAAUCAGUAGCAGAAACUCACCCUGGAGACCUCAACUUCCAUUCAAAUAACAUGGAUUUAGGAAAGGCAAAACUUUUGAGAAAUGGCCUCAACGCUCUGCACCAAGCAAUCCAUCCAGUGUAUGGUUUAGCCUGGACAGAUGGUCGUCAGGUUGUGUUGACGGCAAUAGAGGCUGCUGAAUGUGAAGAAGCUACAAUUGGAAACUCUGUGAUUAUUGGGCACUUUGAACAUGUUUAUGGCCUUUAUUGGGGACCAGUUUCUGAAACCAACGCUCCAGCCUUGUUGGCCGUUCAGCACAAGAAACACGUUACAAUUUGGCAGCUGUACUACAGCCCUCAGGAGAAGAACAAGUUAGUUGUUGUACAGACCUGUGAGGUGGGUGACCCUUGCCCUGUGCUGGCACAAGGCUGUGUGUGGCAUCCAAGCAAAGAUAUUAUACUGAUUGUAACAAAGAGGGAUCUGUUUCUUCUCUAUGCUCCACGUUUUGAAAAUGCCUUCUUCAAGGCUGAUAUUAAAGGCAUUGGAGCGAUUUGCUGUGCAUGCUGGACUAAAGAGGGGAGCCGUGUUGUGGUGGCUGUUGAAAGUGCUCUUUACUCUUAUAUAUGGGAUGAUGUUCAGAAAACCUUAAAUCCCUGUACCUUUUGCCCAGUGUUUGACAUUGACGCUAAAAUCUAUGCCAUUCAGCCAAUCACCAGAAACCAUGUUGCCGUCACAACCGAGAUGCCAGCGGCAGAUUGUUAUGGCAACAAGGAAACCAUUUCAGAAGCCCCAACUCUACAAUCAUCCCUCUUGGCAUUAGACAGUGAACUGUCCAGAAAAAACAGGAGGAUGUCUGUGGAAUCAGGGAAGUCAGAACCAGUUGAGUUACUGAGGGUUUCUUCUUUGGCUCCUGCGGAUCUUCCUCACAUUCUGGCCAGACACCGUAAGUCUGACCCCAGUCCUCUGGCUUAUAUGCGACACAAUAACUUCACAGCUAGAAAUAAGAUAAGUUCAUCUAGAUUGAUUAUUGUGUCUUUUGAUAAUAAUUCAACCACCACCAGGAAAGUAUCCGUACCUGGCAUUUCAAUGCCUGACAUAUUGGUUCUUGAUGCCAAUGCUCAACGAGUGGCAGUGUCUUCCAAUAUGUGUAACCUUGUGGUGAUCUGCCCAAUAGCCCCUUCCUGCAUGCCCAAUGUUCAACAAAUCAAAUUCGAGGAAACUGAACAAGUCAAAGGGGCGUGUUUUCUGAACGACCGGACUUUACUUGUUUUGGUUGGCAAGCAAAGAUCUAAUGAUGCCGUUCUUAUGCCAUUGUCUGUUUCUGAAAAGUACCUCAUUUAUUUGACCACCAAAGAGUUAACGCCCAUUGAAUACAUUUCAUCUUCCAUGGUCGAUGGUUCUCCCAAUGUGGCAAAUAAAGACUUUUAUGAUGAGCCUAUGCUAAAUAAAGAACUGUUGAUGCCCAGCAAUAUAGGCAUUCAAUCCCCCAUGGUUCGCAGGAGGCUCACCAGAUCAUUGAGGAGCACCAGUCGCGAGCCGAGCCCAACAUCAAGUCUCAGUGACUUCGAUGAAAACAGAAUGAUGACCGACUCUUUUGUAAGUCUGGAAAACCUUGAUGCUGGGCCUAGAAACAGAAGGGAAAUGAGUGUGGACCAUGGCAGGCGCAGCAGAAAAUUACACGGGUUGGUUUCCAAGGAACUGUGCGAGAAUAACACAAGUGAAGCGCUCCACUUACUGACAAAUAAUACAGAAGGUUAUAACAAAGGCGAAGAUAUUUCCAUAACCCGGAACCUUGAAAAUCAUGAAUCGGAAUUGUGGGAUUCACAUUAUUGUCUAUCCGUUGUGAAGGAAUCAUUGAGAAAUGGCAUGAAAAGCCAACUGUACCCAUCUCCGGAAGAUCCUCAUUAUCUAUUCAUCACGUAUCAGGAUCCUGCCCAUGAAGGAGUCUCGGAGAAGAGGACUGUCCUCCUUAGCCACGGAAAGCUUCACCUGAGAACCGUGCAGGAUGUUUUCCAACUCGCCAGCAUUGAAAUGAAAUUUGGGUCCAUGUGGAUCAUACUCACAGAAGAUGGAGAAGGAUUUGUCCCAAUAACAUUCAAGCACAACCAGGAAGUCACCAUAAGAGAUGCAAGAGAGAGGGGCCACAGUCGUUCCUCUACUUGUUGUGCGAACUCCAUCACAUCCCUGGGGCCCUCGGCCAAUGUGCCACAAUGUGGAUAAAGGGAAAAGCCAGUUCUAUACAUAUACGCACCAAUAAUACCAAUAAUGCAGUGAAUGUGACACAUGUCCCAGUAACUGGGUUGCUGUGAUAUUUGUUGAUGAGCUAUGGGAGCCAGUUCAGUUACACACAUAAGCCAGAACACACUGCUUGCAAUUUGCUGCUACACCAGCACUAAUGUAUCCUGAUAUCCUGUCUCUGUAAGUGAUAAAUAAUUCCUCCUAUACGGCAAUAUCUCCCACAGUGCAAAUUGCUGCCUUCACUAUCUGCCUCCACUAAGGGUGAGGAUUCUGAUCUUAAACAGAAAGGACAACUGCAUAUCAUGUCAGUGAAAAUUACAUGAAAAUCGAUACUUCAUUAGAUUCAACUAGGCCUGUGUGCAUGUACCUUCUGCCCGAGUGCUUAAACCAACAAGCACAUUAUCUACAUGCUCAGUAAGUGGGAUAAUAGCCUCUGGGAAGGGAGUGUGACUGUGGGAUAGCAGGUAUAGUAGGGAGAGAUGGUGCCUAUAG